CUCCUAUCUUUUUCCUUUCCAUUUCGCGAUCUGAGGAACAGGGGAAAUGAGACAAAGAGAGACACACACAUAUAUAGAGAUACACUUGAUUUAUAUAUACAAAUAUAGAAAUUGAGGCGCGCUGUGUAUAAGACGGGGGGUAAGGUAAAAGAGGCAUGGGCUUUUUCCCUUGUUGUGGCGAUUCAUCCACCGCCAAGAGAGAAGACAGAAAGAGAAGCGCCGCCGCCAAAAGGACGGAGCACAAGAAGGACGAUAUUGCGCAGCCGGCCUCCGAUACACCAACAAGGGUUAGCCCUUGCCAAGGUGGGAAGAAGGAGGAAUGCAAUGAUGCAGCAAAUCAAUCUACUUCAGGCAAGGACGAGGAUUGCAGUCAAAGGAAGUCUGGAGGAGGAGGAGAAACAGAAACGGGCAAGGCGAGGACGUUUACCUUUGCUGAUCUGGUGGCUGCCACAGAAAACUUCAAGCAAGAAUUCUUUUUGGGUGAAGGAGGUUUUGGCAAAGUCUUUAAAGGUCGACUUGUAGAUACUGGCCAGAUUGUGGCUAUAAAGCAGCUUGAUCGUGAUGGAUGUCAAGGGAUUAGAGAGUUUGUUGUUGAAGUUUUGACCUUGAGUAUGGCCGACCACCCUAAUCUUGUUGAGCUAAUCGGUUAUUGUGCAGAGGGCGAUCAAAGACUUUUGGUUUAUGAGUACAUGCCUCUCGGUUCAUUGGAAGACCAUUUAUAUGACCGCCGAUCGAAUAGGAAGCUUCUUGAUUGGAAUGUGAGGAUGAAGAUAGCAGCAGGUGCGGCAAGAGGGCUUGAGUAUUUACAUGACAAGAUGAAGCCGCCGGUGAUAUACCGCGAUUUGAAGUGCUCAAAUAUAUUGCUUGCCGAGGAUUAUCAUCCCAAACUGUCUGAUUUUGGGUUGGCGAAGGUGGGCCCGCUCGGAGACAAGACCCACGUCUCAACCAGGGUGAUGGGCACGUACGGUUACUGCGCUCCGGAUUAUGCUAUGACUGGGCAGUUGACAUUCAAAUCAGAUGUAUACAGCUUUGGGGUUGUUCUUCUUGAGCUCAUCACUGGUAGGAAAGCUAUUGACAACACUAAACCUCCUCCAGAACAAAAUCUUGUUGCUUGGGCACGGCCGCUGUUCAAAGACCGGAAGAAAUUCCGGCAGAUGGCGGACCCCGCACUGGGAACUCAAUUUCCGGUGAGAGGGCUGUACCAGGCUCUGGCCAUUGCCGCGAUGUGCGUGCAGGAGCAACCAAACAUGCGUCCCCUCGUCGCUGACAUUGUCACCGCCCUUAACUACCUCUCCGCUCAAGAGUACGGCCCGCUUUCCCCGCCCUCCCGAAGAGGCCCGUCUUCUCACAAGCCCAAACAAGAUGGGCCUGAGAAGAGUGCUAGUUCCAGUGAUGUGGGUGAGGAGGAGAAGAUGGAAGAUUGAUUCAUUCAUUAAUGCAUGCAUUCUUUGAUGAAGGGCAAAAAAAACAAAGAAAUGCCCCGGCGCCAACUAUCUCCAAAAACGAUAAAACCGUCCCUAAUCCAGAGUAUACCUCCUGGACCAUCGUUGACACACAGAUCCGCGCCUGCCUCCUAGCGGUCAUCAGCCCCUCCGUUCACAAACAUGCUCGCGGCUUCACCACAUCUGCUGCCCUCUGGGAUGCUUUGGCCGCACGGUACAACUCUGUGUCCACCGCUCAUGUUUAUCAGCUUCGGGACAAACUCCACACUCUUCGUAAAGGUACCAAAACUAUGACACAAUACCUUGAUGAUGUGGCAACUAUUCUCUCGGAUCUCGAUGCCUUGAAAGAAGAGAUCCCUGAACGUGAUGUGGUGAAUGCUGUUAUUCGUGGUCUUCCCACCGAAUACUCAUCCUUUAAGCAAAACAUUCGCAUGAACAAUACCAAUAU